AUGCCCGUCUCCGUGUACAAAAAAUCAUCUCUGGACGUUUCUACGCUCCAACAUGUAAAAAAUGGCGUGCACCAGCGUGAUAUAUAUGGCAAUGAAGACGGUGGACCCCCUUUGACUAUCGGCAUAGUGUCCGUCACCAAGCACGACGGUGGAGCAACGGCCGGCAAGGCACCAUGCAGCGGAUAUAUCAUCGUCACAGAGGGUGAGAUAUCCGUGGAAGAUGUUGCCAAGGCUGGAGAUAUCUCAGUCUUGCAGCCUGGCGACGCUGUCCGCGUUGAUAAAGGUACAACCAUCACCUUGUCUUCCCCGACCUCGGGAAAAGGAUUUUACAUUACUCAACUUGGAUUUGGGAGUGACCUGAAGAAACAUCUUGUUUGA